GCCCGGCCCAGCCGUUAGCAACGGGCCCCUCACCCCUGUCACUUACUCCACCAAGACACGGCCCCGCCCCGACUCGACUCCAGAAGCUGCCUUCGCUGUUAGUGUCAAGCCCAGGUCCUGCCCUUUAUCAGCAGUUACCAUACGGUCACGGGUAACACAGCCCUAGUCCCAGGCGGGUGGUGUUACUGCUGUAAAUAUGGUUACUCUGCUGCCUAUCCUCCUGCUGCCUGGCCUUGUGGCAGUUAAUUCUCCCCGACUCAAACUGGACUUCAGCGGUGAAGCUGGAAAUCGGACUGUGUUUGAGCGAGCUGAAGAAUUUGCUACCACUCUUCGUGUCGGAAAAACUGUUUACAUUGGUGGAAAUGGAGUACUUUAUCAAAUAAACUUUGAUAAAUCACCAACACCUGUAAUGAUCAAAGUGCCUGGUGAUUCUAAAGAAUGCUCAGGGGACAAAUCGGGGACCUGUGGGAAUUAUAUCAUGAUCUUGCACAAAUUCAAUGAAACUAACUUCAUUUUGUGUGGAACUAAUUGGAUGACACCAAAGUGUUGGCUGCUUUUCAAUAAUGAAUUAAAGGAAUUUCUCAAUGAAAGGAACUUUUCUGUGGGACCAGGUAUCUGCCCUAAAAGUGCACAACGAGGUUUUGCUUCACUGGUUGUCGAGGAAAGAAUCUAUUCUUCAGCAUCUAAUGGACACAAAGAGAUCCUUACUGGUUACAAGAAAGGUGAUGAGCCCUCACGAUUAAAGUCUCGUGAUGAAUGGAUUAAAGAUCCCAAGUUUGUGGGAAUGUCACCACUGGGCAAUUUGGUUUAUGUGUUCUUCAGAGAAAGGAUUGCACAGGAAAACCCAGAUGUUGACCCAUGGAUUUCACGGAUUGGCCGAGUGUGUAAGAAUGACCGAGGUGGAUCCAGACAACGACUGCUGAGUAAGUGGGCAACCUUUCUCAAAGCCCGUCUGCUCUGUAGCAACCCUGCUGAGAACGUCCAUUUCAACAGAAUUGAAGAUGUCUUUGUAUACAAGUCGCCCCGUGACAACGAAGAGAGAGUGUAUGGAGUUUUUAGCAGCAAUUGGAAUGGAACAGCUGUGUGCGUGUACUCCAUGAAGGAGAUCAGUGACGUGUUUGGACAAUCUGCCUUUGUGGGUUACGGGGGCAGUAUUCCCUCCAACCCCAGACCCGGCCAGUGUGUCACUAACACAAAAGAACUAUCGGAUCAAGUACUUACUGUUGUGGAGAACAACCCAGAGAUGAAAUCUUGGAUAUAUCCUAUUGGGAAAAAGCCCCUCAUUAUCAAUCAUCAGAAUCACUUCAAGAAAAUAGUUGUGGAUUCUGUUGUUGACCCCAAUGGAGAUGAGUCCCGUAUCCUGUAUGUGGCGAUGGGAGAUGGUAAAGUCCAGAAGAUUCUUGAGACUGGUCACUCAGCCUUCAUCAUAACAGAGCUAACCCUUUUAAAGGAACCUGCGUUAAUCUUAUCAAUGUCCCUUGACUCUGUGAGAAAAUUCCUGUACAUCACAUCCGCCAAGGAGCUGCUUCGAUUCCCACUGGUGCAGUGUGAGGAAUACUGUAGAUCGUGUGGAGGAUGUGUUCAGGCCAGAGAUCCUUACUGUGGAUGGAAUCAUUGGAAAAAGAAAUGUGUUCAUGUCACACCCAAUUCUAAGAAUAUCCUUCAAGAUCUCAAAAGAGGUGACAGCUGUCCUCCAGCUAAAGCUGUAUCUUCCUGCUCCUCGUGGCAAACAACUCACCCUGGAUGGCUGGUACUCACUUUUCCCCUUAAGAAACGUGUUCCUGUGUAUCUGUCCUGCCCGAAGCAUUCCUAUCAUGCUGAUUACUACUGGAGUUUCAAAGAUGGCUCCAAGGAGCUGCCCUGUUCUUCAAGUGACGAUAAUUGUCUGCUGUCCAUAGGUGAACUUUCUAACAGUGACGUUGGCUCUUAUAAAUGCAUUUCAAAUGAAAGAGGAGUGAAACAUCAUCAUGCUGCUUUUGUGAUUAAGAACACCGGUGACUCUUCAAUAUAUCUGUCCAGUGCUGCAUUGUAUUCUAUGACAGUGGUAGUCAUCUGGCAAUAUUUUUGAGUUGUGUUUCCCCGGCAAAAAAAUACUGGGAAAUCAUUUUGCAAUGUUUGAAAGACAUUUGAACAGGUACAUGGAGAGAAAAAUUUCAGCGGGGUUUGAGGCAAAUGCACACAAUCAGGAGUGGUUAAGGAAGGCACUUUGGUUGGCAUGGACAAGUCAGGGGAAAGGGCCCAAUUCCACGCAGCCUGACAAUAAAGACCAAUUUUUCUUUGUGAAAUUUCCUGACAACAAACUGAUGGGUCAACAACUUCCUUCCUUCCCUCAGGCUUCAGGUUCAGUCGGCCUGCCAACAUCCAAACAUCUAGGAUUUUAAUAUUCAGCUUGUUUGGGUGUCCUUUAUAGAAUUCCAAGAACCUUGGCUUUUUAUGUGGGAGGCUGGAAAGGUUGUAGAAUAGCACAACACGUUAUUAUCAUGGGAAUCAGGAAUUAGUCCUCUAAAUCCCUAAUCACUGAAACACCCAACUAAAUGGUGAUCGAACUGCAGGCCACGCAGUGCCAAUGGACAGACAAGCAGAGUUAAUGUUUCACAACAGUGACUUGUCAAUUUAAGAAAGCCAUCAGGCAGCAGCCGCCACUUAGUAUUUUAACAGUGCUGCACUGUUGUGGAAGGCUCUGGUUCAUGUCCUGGUUGCUUCGUCUGUCAAGGCGGCAACAGCUCAUGCUACGGUAUACGGUGAGUCCCAGUCAGAUCUGUGCUAAUUAUAUACGUGCAUCACAGGAAUAUUGAACAAAAAUGUACACCCAGUACGCUCUGGAUAUUUGUAUUUCUAGGGCAGUUUUAUAGCUCAGGAAUUGUGUAUUUACCACGCUUUAUUAGAAAUUGUAAUUGGUAAGUUUUUUCUAGGAUAAACUUUUUUCUAAUUGUCACUACUGAUAUAAAAAUUUGUGAUUUAAAUGUUUUCACCUUUGUGUUGUACUCCCUGCACACUGAACUGAGUUCUGUUCUACCUGCCCAGGGCUGCAUUACUGUGUUGUUCAGCAGAUGUUUGUAGGAGCUGAGAGGAGAAGCUUGGCUCAUGACAAUGAACAGCCUGAAACAGGAGACACCAACACCCUCUUGUUUACUGUGGCCCUGCUAUAGUAACAUCGAAGCCAGGCAAGAUCUUGUGAGGUUGUUGAAUUGUUGAGAGAAUUUCACCCAUGGGUGCAUUCUGACCCCUGCUGUCCAGACUGUAUAGGGGUGAAGCCUGAAGGCUAUGUGACCUUACUGCAAUUGGGGAUGUUGUGUCCUGACCGACAGCCGGCAAUAGCUUUAUUUUGACUCAAAAAAGCCUAUGUACAACACUGAUUCAUCUGAAUUGUAAUUUUAUUUGCACUUUGCAAAGUUAUCCAAUAAAGUCAAUUUGUUCCC